AUGGCAGCAGACAGCCAUCUUCCUGGCAUUUUACGCCUCAGCCCCGAAAUUCGACGUCACAUCUACCUUGACCUUGAUUUAGGUCAAAUAGAAUACUAUGCCCACACCGCCCCAGCAAUCUACCAGUUGGGUGGUCCUGCAUCAUCAAGGAUAGAGGGAGAGGACUUUAGACCUGCAGCUUUCUACGGUCUCUUGCUGUCCUGUCGGACAAUCUAUCUCGAAGCAUCCUCGCUCUUGUACUCGGAGAACUGGUUCAUCAUCUAUUACGAACCCCUCCGGAGUCUCAGUUCCCUGCGCGCCCUCACGCCGCACGCGCUGGCAUCUCUGACCAAUCUCAAGGUCGUACUCAACCAAACCUCCUGCCAUGUACAAGGUGAAAGGUACGGGAGUGGCUACUGCUGUGGACGCGGGUGGGCGUCUGGCUCGGGGCAAGGCCAGCCCAAAGUGAGCGACCCCAAGUUGCUCCGCGGAUGCCUUUCCCAAUACCACGAAGAUGACCAUGACUUCCCGCUCGACAGGUCCAAUACACGGGCCGAGGAAGUGCUGGCAGAGUGGCAGAAAACGGCUUUUUAUUUAGCACCGCAUAUCGUACCUGGAAGGCUCGAACUGUCCUUGGUCUGCGACGUCCGGAACACAGAGGUCCAGAUAGCCAGGCGCGUCCUGGAUGGCCUGUAUCUACUCCCGCGACUAAAGGAUUGCCAUGUCAGACUGUCCGAAACGUCGGAUAAACGGCUCCAGCAUAUCACCGAUAGCGCCGUGUUACGGGCUCGUCAUAUUAUAUCCUCUGAACCCCCGCCGUCGCCGGGCCCGUCCUCGCCAAUGUCUUUAUCCACAAACCUUUCCCCGGCAGCCCCUCUGAACCCCCCUGGUCUUCUCACUCUGCCGCGUGAGAUCCGGCUUCGAAUUCUGGAAUAUACCGACCUCGUCACUCCCAGCAAAGAGGUCAUGUGGCACCGGAAGGUCCCCAACAGUGGAUAUUUUCUACAGAGAGCUCCAUGUUAUACCGACCGUGGGGGUGGCUUUUGUGAUGUUUCACACUGCAAUGGGUGCCAGUUUACUCAGUGCUACAAGACGCCGUGGACUGAAUUGACCAACGGCUGUUUCUGCCGCCUGAACCAUACCGCGGCGUCGUCACGGUGCAAAUGCUGGGUUACGCCAACCUCCUUAUUCCUCGUCUGUCAAACUGUCUAUAGCGAAGCCAAUGUGGUAUUUUACACCCAGAACCGCUUCAUCAUCGUUGACAGCCCGUGGAACGACCCAUGCGCGUAUUGGGACCCCGGCGACUACCCAUUCCAGUCUUUUGCUGCCAGCCAGUUCCUGAGAAACGUCAUCCCUCGGCACUGUCUGGGACAUCUCCGCUUUCUUGAGCUCACCUUUUCCCAAUUUACCUCCGAGGCUCGGCCAAGUGACGGGCACCCGGCGCUCCUAGACUGGGAUGCCACCGUCGAGUGGCUGAAAGACGAGCUUAACCUGCCGGCUUUGACCCUGCGUCUGGUCGUGACGGGCCACGAUGACCCUGACCGGGGGUCACACACCGCCUAUUACUAUACGCGAGAGCAGGGAAAAGAGGUUCUGGCGACUUAUAACCGCAUUCUACAUCCCCUGCGACUCUUGGGGGCUGCUCCAGAUGGUGGUCUGGCACGGUUUUAUGCCGUGUUGCCGUGGCCGUUGAAAUGGUCGCGCCUGGCAAAGGAGCAGCUCAGCGUCAAAGGGUGGGAUUGGCUGGAUUCUAAGGACGCAGAGCUCAAGAAGCGCGCCGAGAAGUUUGUCAUGGGAGACCGGUACGAAUCCGUCUCCCUCGCCGUCGUGGAACCGAGGAAGAGCCUCUGGUAUUGGGACAGUCUGCGCUUCUGCUAG